AAACGAGCCGAAUUUCAAGAUAUUUUGUAACAGCUGUCCACGGUCGUUUACAAAGAUAAACAGUCUCCAAAAACAUUAUUACAGACAGCAUGAGGCUUUAACAGUGGAAGAAGACUUAAAUGAUGGGGAAAAUGAGAACCAUUUUCAGGAGAUGUUUGACGAGGGAGAAGCACGAAGUCUAAUGCAACGCCAUGCUGCCAAAUUCCUUUUAUGUUCCAAAACAAGAGGUAUGCUCACCCAGAGUGCCGUGGACUUGGUCAAAGAUUCAGCGAAAAAUCUACUAACUGAGUAUUUGGACAUAGUCAAAAAAUCGCUUGUCGAAAAGAUAAACAGUAAUCCUGGUCAAGAAUUGCAAUUUGACCAAGAUGUGGAAAAGUUAUUUUCAGCAGAGAGUGUCUUCGACGGAGUUGAUUCAGAAUACCAACAAAGAUCAUAUUUUAAGCGUCAUUUCAAUUUGGUGGUAAGUUACCAACCUACCAAACCUGAACCAGCUGCCAGCUUUGUCAGCUUGCUUUAUAUUUUUUUAACUGAUUUGCAGGAACCAAUAGAAGUUGAGAUGGGAAAACAGUGGAGAAGUGAUUUUCGACAAGGGAGAAAAAUACUUAAACGUGUCACAGUUUUUGGUUAUCAAGUUCCAUUAUUAAAGACUUUGGAGGCACUUCUUCAAAACCCAGAUGUUUUAAAGGAAGUUGAAAAUCCACAUUUUUCAUGUGAUGGUGUUCUUCGAGAUGUAAUGGAUGGGGAUUUUUUCAAGAGUCAUCCAGUAUUCUCCCUCCACAGUGAUGCCCUGCAGCUGUUGGGCUAUUAUGAUGAUCUAGAAAUAGCCAAUCCUUUAGGUUCAAAAGCAAAGAUUCAUAAAAUUGGUGUCUUUUACUUUGUGCUGGGCAAUAUAAGGCCAAUGUUUAGAUCAAGCAUCCGCAGUAUACAACUUAUAGCUAUUGCUAAAACAAAAGACAUCAAGUCAUUUGGGAUCGAUAAUCUUUUGAUGCCAUUCAUUGAGGAUGUCAAUUGUUUGGCGAAGGCUAAUGGUCACUGUUUUACCAUAAAUGGUGUUGCCCGUGUGUUUGAGGUGAUCUGUUAUUGUGGACUGGAGAUACACUUGGUAGCAACUAUGUCAGUGGUUUCAAGGAAGGUGUUGGAGGAGCAUUGCGAAUUUGUAGGCAUUGUAUGGGAACAAGACUGGAGACCAACAAUAAGGGAAACAAUCAAUGGUGUCACUGAAGCUAAGCUUAAACAAUCAGCAUCUCAAAUGUGGUGUUUAUUCAGGUUCUUGCCAAUCAUGAUUGGUGAUAAAGUGGAUGAGCAACUGGAAAACUGGCAUUGUUUGCUGAAACUUUGGAAUAUUGUUCAAAUUUGUACUUCUCCAGGAAUAACAAAGGCUGAUGCUGCCUAUUUGAAAGUUAUGAUUAAUGAUCAUCACAAAAUGUUCAAAAAUCUCUACCCUAAUGCAUCCAUAAUUCCAAAAAUGCAUUAUCUUAUACAUAUACCUGAUGAAAUUGUUAGGUUUGGGCCACCUAGAAAUAUCUGGACCAUGAGAUUUGAGGCUAAACACAGUUUCCUGAAAAGUUCAAUUACCAAGAACUUUAAAAAUGUCCCCAAAUCACUUGCAUUUUCCCAUCAAAGGAACAUGUGCUGGAACCUUCUGAGUUCUCCCAAGCAGCCCUUGACUAAUUACCUGUAUAGUGGUGAUGUUGUUGGAUUAGGCGAUCACAAUGUUGAUUUGCACAGCCAUCCAUAUUUUGGCAUGAUAGCUCAAGCUGCUAGUGUUGAUCAACUGGCACAGCCAUGUAAAGGAAGCAGGCAUGUUAGGCAUGUGGAGAUUCAUGGCAUAAUUUACAAGCCAGGAUGUGCUCUGCGACUGCAGGAAAUGGAUGAGAUUGGUGAGAGAGAUUAUCCGGUUUAUGGUGAAGUGGAAGAAAUCGUUGUUUGGGAAGAUAGAAAAUUUUUUGUUGUUCGAGUUUUGGAGACAUCUGCUUUCCACAGACAUUUUAUGUGCUACCAAGUUCAUAAAACUAAUGAAAGGCUUGUUGUACGUAGUAAUUCAAAACUUACCCUGGCAUGGGGUUUUGCAUAUUAUUAAAUCUAAUGGAAAAUUUUAUAUAGUUGAAAAAGAUAGUUCAAAUGUAGAAGACUUUGUGAUU